GGGCUGCGGGGGUCGCCGCGGUUCCCGCCAAAUACGAGCGCGGCGGCCGCGGCAGCAGCGGUGCGGGCGGGAGGGCGAGCAGCAGCGGCCGCCUGAGCGGAGCCUGCGCCUCCGCCGCCUGAGGGGAGCUCGAGCCGCCGCCGGAGAGAUGCUGGAGGAGCCGGAGUGCGGGGCGCCGGGCGCCAGGGCAGCGGCGGCAGCCAUGGAUUGCAAAGACAGACCAGCUUUACCAGUCAAGAAGUUAAUACAAGCUCGUCUGCCAUUCAAGCGCCUGAAUCUUGUCCCAAAGGAGAAAUUGGACGACGGGUCGGAGGACAUGAGAAGCUCCCAGACUGCUCCUGUACAAAGUCAAGUCCCCGAUUUAGAAACCUCUUUGGACCUCUUGGAGAGUGACUGUCAUAUGGGUUCUGAGAUAGAUUUUAGGCCAAAACUUGUCAAUGGGAAGGGUCCCUUAGAUUACUUUUUAAGAAGUAGAGACAAAACCAAUAUUGGCCAGACCACGGUCAUCAUUGAUUUGACGGAGGACUCAAACGACCAACCAGACAGCACUGUGGCCCACGGUGAACUAAAUUCUGUAGCCUCCCCCUCUGGGGAGGCUGUAAAUGGGGUCAGAGAAGAAGCCGGAGAUGAGAGGGGGCUGUCCAAGGCCGGUCCGGAGGAUAAGUUGGCAUUUCCCGAGAUCCUUUCAGACACUCCGUGCAAGACAGAGGAGGAGCAUGCUGGCUCCGGGGGCACAGAGAGGAGUGCAGACGUGCGGAAAGGCCCACCCCAAAGCUGCCCCAAGCUGACAGGCGGUCCCAGAAUGUGCCCCGAGAAGGACCAGGAUGGCUGGAGUGAAGCCGGGGGCAUCUUGUUCAAAGGGAAGGUGCCUGUGGUGGUCCUGCAGGAUAUCCUGGCCACGAAGCCUCCUGGAGCCAAGUCUCCUGCUACCACUCCUCCCGACCAGGGCGUGCCCUCGGAGAGCGAGAUGCUGGAGUCGGGCCCUGAGGAAGACUCUGUCCUUAGCCAUUCGUCCCUGAGCUCUUCCUCUCCUACCAGCUCACCUGAGGGGCAGUCGGCCCCCAAAAAGCAGUGCCGCCAGCCCAGUCCCUUCCCCACCUCCACACCGAUCCACAGGAUAACUAAGAAAUUGGUCAAAGGUUCUGCCGAGAAGAACAAGAUGAGACUGCAAAGAGACAAGGAGCGGCUGGGCAAGCAGCUGAAGCUACGGGCCGAGAAGGAGGAGAAGGAGAAGCUGCGAGAGGAGGCCAAGCGGGCCAAGGAGGAAGCCAAGAAGAAGAGGGAGGAGGAGAAGGAGCUGAAGGAAAGGGAGAGGCGGGAGAAGAGGGAAAAGGACGAGAAAGAGAAGGCGGAGAAGCAGCGGCUCAAGGAGGAGAGGCGCAAGGAGCGGCAGGAGGCGCUGGAGGCUAAGCUGGAGGAGAAGAGGAAAAAGGAAGAGGAGAAACGGUUGAGAGAGGAAGAGAAGCGCAUUAAAGCAGAGAAGGCCGAAAUCACGAGGUUCUUUCAGAAACCAAAGACUCCACAGGCCCCCAAGACCCUGGCCGGCUCCUGUGGGAAGUUUGCCCCUUUUGAAAUUAAAGAACAUAUGGUCCUUGCCCCUCGGUGUCGGACCGCCUUUGACCAGGACCUCUGUGACCAGUUGGACCAGCUCCUCCAGCAGCAGAGUGGCGAGUUCUCCUUCCUGAAAGAUCUGAAAGGGCGGCAGCCCCUCAGGUCGGGACCCACCACGGUUUCUAACCGGAACACAGACAUCUGUAACAGUGAUGUGGUGAUCGUGGAGAGUGGCAAAGUGGACGGCGUUCCCGACAGGAGGAAGUUCGGCAGGAUGAAGCUCCUGCAGUUUUCCGAGAAUCACCGGCCAGCGUACUGGGGGACGUGGAACAAGACGACGACGGUCAUCCAUCCGAGGGACCCCUGGGCCCAGGACAGGAAGCUCCUCGACUACGAGGUGGACAGCGAUGACGAGUGGGAAGAGGAGGAGCCGGGAGAGUCCCUCUCCCAUAGCGAAGGGGAUGAUGAUGAUGAAGUGGGAGAGGACGAAGAUGAAGAUGAUGGUUUUUUCGUGCCCCAUGGGUACCUGUCUGAGGAUGAAGGAGUAACUGAGGAGUGUGCCGACCCGGAGAACCACAAGGUUCGCCAGAAACUGAAGGCCAAGGAGUGGGACGAGUUCUUAGCCAAGGGGAAGAGGUUCCGUGUGCUCCAGCCCGUGAAGAUCGGCUGCAUCUGGGCGAAUGACAAGGAUGGAGGCGCCGACCUGAAGCUGCUGCAGCAGUUCACGGCGUGCCUGCUGGAGACCGUCCCCCCCGAGGAGGAGCAGACGCCCAAGGCCUCCCGGAGAGAGAAGAGGGACCAGCAGAUCUUGGCCCAGCUUCUCCCGCUGCUCCACGGGAACGUGAACGGAAGCAAAGUGAUCAUCCGGGAGUUCCAGGAGUGCUGCCGCCGAGGGCUGCUCAGCAAGGACGCCGGCAGUCCCGAGACCUGCUCCGCCAGCCCCCCGAGCCCGGGCUCCUCCCGCCCACAGACCCCCACCGCCGGCGAGGACACCGCCGUCCCCUCCAAGGCCAGGCUCAAGCGGAUCAUUUCCGAGAACUCAGUGUACGAGAAGAGGCCCGAUUUCAGGAUGUGCUGGUACGUCCACCCGCAGGUGCUGAAGAGCUUUGACCAGGAGCACCUGCCCGUGCCGUGCCAGUGGAGUUACGUCACCAUGGUGCCCUCGGCCACCAGGGAGGACAGUGGCAGCGCCCCCUCCACGGGGCCCGUCCAGGGGACGCCUGUCUCGCUGAAGCGGAAGUCGGGGGGCAGCAUGUGCAUCACCCAGUUCAUGAAGAAGCGCAGACACGACGGGCAGGUCGGCGCUGGGGACCUGGACGGCUUCCAGGCGGACACGGAGGAGGAAGAGGAAGAGGAAGGUGACUGUGUGAUGAUGGACAUCUCGGAUGUCGGGGAGGUCCAGGCCCCGUGUGGAACCACUUCGGGAGCUGGGGGGGCCGUGGGGAUGGACACCAGCGAGAGCCCCAUGCCCGCCAGCACGCUCGGCUCCUCCUGAGCAUGCGACCGCCCGUGUGUGUAUUUAGAAUGGUUAGGGUUUCUCAGAUGCCUCUCCGAUACUUGAAAGUCCUGGUUCCUGUGUAAAGAGCACUUUGUCCCGCUUCGCAGACCUCCCCGGAGGUCUGGAAAGUUUUAUAUAGGAUGCUUGAGUAGUCCUUGAUAUUUGUAAAAAUUUCCCCCAGAGCUGCAUACCAAUCUGCCCUCUAAUAAAGCAUUAUUGCCACCUGGUGACCUGCUCGGGGAAGGCCGGUCGUGCCCUGGGACCCGAGCGGGCGCUGUGACGAGAUGCUUGUCAAUGAAUUGUAGCCCGCGCUGCGGCGCAGCACCUGGACCAGACAUGGAUGUGUAUAAACUUGCUGUCUAGCCC